AUGCGCUGCAAUCUGACUCCUCCGGCGGAGACUGAGUGCUUCUCGUGCACCACGUGCGGCACGCCUUGGCACGUGUCUUGUCUCUCGUCUUCUCCGAAAACCCUAGAAUCGACUCAAGAGUGGGAGUGCCCCGACUGCUCCGGCGUCGUCGAUCCCGUUCCCGUUUCCGGAAUCGCCGGUGUUGGAUCAUCCAACGGCUCUGACCUCGAGGCCGAUGAGUCCUUGACUGAGGCGCAUAAGAAGCAGCAGUUGGUGAGCGGCAAAGCCGGUGAGGACGACGAUGACGAGGAGGAGGAGAAGAAUGCCGGUGAGAAUUUCUUCUGCUCAAUUUGCGAGGAUUUGCUUGAGAGGCCAGUCACGACACCUUGCGGGCACAAUUUCUGCUUGAAGUGUUUCCAGAAAUGGGUUGCGCUAAAGAAGUUUGAGUGUGUGAAAUGCUGCCGUUUGAUUCCAAAGAAGAUGGCGAACAACCCUCGCAUUAACUACUCUCUACUCGCUGCUAUUCGUCUGGCCAAAGUCUCCAAAUCCGCUGCUUCUAGGAGCAACCAGAACCGCCCUGACCAAGCCUUUAGAACUGAGAGAGCUAAGAAGACCAAUGCCGCAAGUGGGAAGAUGUACGUGACCAUCCCGCCUGAUCACUUGGGCCCAAUUCCAGCUGAGAAGGACCCAAUCAGAAACCAAGGAGUGUUGGUUGGUGAGUUUUGGGCAGACAGGCUUGAGUGCAGACAGUGGGGAGCGCAUUUUGCUCACGUUGCUGGUAUUGCUGGGCAAGCUGACUUUGGAGCUCAGUCAGUGGCACUCUCUGGAGGCUAUGCGGAUGACGAAGACCACGGUGAAUGGUUUCUCUACACAGGGAGUGGAGGAAAGGAUCUUAGUGGCGACAAGCUUCUGUCUUGUGACCAAAUGUUUACAAAGUCGAAUGAAGCUCUAAAACUUAGUUGCAAAAUGGGCUAUCCUGUCCGUGUUAUCAGGUCUCACAAGGACCGUUCAGCAUAUGCCCCUGGGGAGAAAGGAGGUAAAUAUAAGGUCUAUCGUUACCUGUUUGUGAGGUGUGACAACGAGUCUGCCCCAUGGACCAGUGAUGAGCAUGGUGAUCGUCCGAGAGAUUUGCCUGAUAUUCCAGAGCUUGAGAAGGCCACUGACCUGUUUGAGAGAAAGGAAACUGAAACUCCAUCAUGGGGUUUUGAUGAAUCUGAGGGUCGCUGGAAUUGGAUGAAGGCUCCACCUGCGAGCAGAAUGGCGCCACGAAAAAACUCUGUCAAGGACAAACUUCUGGAAACACAAGUGAAGAAAACGUGGACUCUGAAGAUGGAGAAGAGGAAUCUCAGAUGA